AAUCUAGUCAUUCGAGUUUUGUGCCACUCCAAGUUCACUUCAAAAUACCCAGAAACUAAACCACUUUGUUCACAAACCGGAAAACUCUGCAAUAUGACAAAGAAGUUCGAAUUUAAUUGGCAAAUCGAAGUGCCAGAACUGUUGAGAAAUGGUUCAACGUUCGAUCGUUGGUUCGAAGACAAGGAAAACACCGAGUACGAACCGAAUUGCUUAUUUAAAGUCGAUGAAUAUGGAUUUUUCAUUUAUUGGAAGAGCGAUGGCAAGGACGGUGAUGUGAUAGAGUUAGCUCAAGUGAGUGAUAUUCGUUAUGGCGGUACACCAAAGGAUCCUAAAUUGUGUAAUAAAAUAAGUAAACACGGGUCAAUGGAUGAUAUAGACCAGAAAAGUUUAACUAUAUGCUCGGGUAUCGAUUAUACUAAUAUCCAUUAUCAGCAUGUUAUUUGUGCAGACGCAAAAACCGCUAAGGAUUGGCAAACUGGAUUACGGAUAAUUACGCACAACACGAAAGCUUCAAAUGUUUGUCCAACGACUCAACUAAUGAAACAUUGGAUGAGAUUGAGCUUUCAAGUGGAUCCUAAAGGGAAAGUACCCGUGAAAGUUAUAUCAAAGACAUUUGCCUCAGGGAAAACGGAGAAACUAGUUUAUCAAGGGCUAGCAGACUUAGGUUUACCUAGUGGAAAAAGCGAUAAAAUUGAACCUAAGGACUUUACGUUCGACAAAUUUAAGAGUAUGUAUUUCAAAAUUUGCCCUCGGAACGAUAUCGAAGAAUUAUUUCAAUCGAUAACCAAAGGGAAAUCGGAUACAAUCAGCCUGGGUCAAUUAGUACAAUUUAUGAACGAGAAACAAAGAGAUCCCCGAUUGAACGAAAUUUUGUAUCCCCUUUAUGACGAGAAACGAUGCACAGAAAUAAUUAACGAUUAUGAACAAGAUGAAAAAGCAAGGGAUGCGAAGUCUUUAACCAAGGACGGCUUCAUUCGUUAUCUAAUGUCUGACGAAAACGCACCUGUGUUUUUGGACAAAUUGGAAGAAUGGAUGGAUAUGGAUCAACCUCUUUCCCAUUAUUAUAUUAAUUCCAGUCAUAAUACUUACCUAAGCGGUCGACAAAUCGGUGGUAAAAGUACCGUUGAGAUGUACAGACAAGUGUUGUUAGCUGGUUGCAGAUGUGUAGAGCUUGAUUGCUGGGACGGAAAGGGAGAAGACGAAGAACCCAUCAUAACCCACGGCAAAGCUAUGUGUACCGAUAUUCUUUUCAAAGACGUUAUAUACGCUUUGAGAGACACAGCGUUUGUUACAUCGGAGUAUCCUAUAAUUCUGAGCUUCGAAAAUCAUUGUUGUCUGAAACAGCAAUAUAAAUUGGCUAAAUAUUGCGAUGAAAUAUUGGGAGACUUGCUGUUGAAAGAGUCUCUGAAAGAUUAUCCGCUUGAACCGGGACAUCCACUUCCACCGCCGAGUGCACUGAAGCGAAAGAUAUUAAUCAAGAAUAAAAGACUGAAACCGGAGGUAGAGAAGGUGGAGCUUGAGUUAUUCCGCUCCGGGCAAUUCGAGGCGAAAGAUGAAGUAAUCGAGGAUCCCAAUGCACCACCUGCGCCAAAGGAAGAACCACCACCCGAAGCUGCGCCAGCUGAGGGUGCUCCACCAGGUGAAGGAGGUGCUGAAGGAGAAGCACCUCCGAUUCAAUAUACCGGUAGUACUAUGGCUUGUCAUCCUUGGCUUUCGUCGAUGAUUAAUUAUGCACAGCCAGUGAAAUUUCAAAGCUUUGAAGUUGCUGAAAAAAAGAACAUACAUCAUAAUAUGUCCUCAUUUUCGGAGACUGCAGCACUCAAUUACCUGAAAACGAAUGCCGUAGAGUUUGUUAAUUAUAACAAACGCCAGAUGAGUCGAAUUUAUCCGAAAGGUACAAGGGCUGACUCGUCAAAUUAUAUGCCACAGGUUUUUUGGAAUGCAGGCUGCCAAAUGGUGGCAUUAAACUUUCAAACACCCGAUCUGCCUAUGCAAUUAAAUCAGGGAAAAUUCGAGUAUAACGCAACAACUGGAUAUUUACUGAAACCUGAUUUUAUGAGAAGAUCAGACAAAAUCUUCGAUCCAUUUUCCGAGGAUGUAGAUGGUGUUAUCACAGCCCAGUGCUCUGUCCAAGUGAUAGCAGGACAAUUCUUGUCUGACAAAAAGGUCGGCACUUAUGUUGAAGUGGAUAUGUACGGUUUACCAGCAGACACAAUUAAGAAAGAAUUUAGAACACGAAUGGUUCCUGGAAAUGGUUUAAAUCCAGUUUAUAACGAAGAACCAUUUCUAUUCCGAAAAGUUGUACUUCCCGACUUGGCUGUACUCAGAUUUGGUGUAUACGAAGAGAGUGGAAAAUUGUUAGGCCAACGAAUUCUACCACUGGAUGGCCUUCAAGCUGGAUAUAGACAUAUUUCGUUGAAGACCGAGGCAAAUUUCCCCAUGGCACUGCCGAUGUUGUUUUGUAACAUUGAGCUAAAGAUUUACGUGCCCGAUGGAUUCGAAGACUUCAUGGCUGCCUUGUCUGAUCCGGGUGGAUUCAGCAAAGGAGCAGAGAAACAAGCCGAGACUAUGAAAGGGCUAGGAAUCGAGCAAACCGACUCGAAGGCCGAGGCAAAGAAGAAGGAAGAGGAAAAAGCUAAAAAGGAGGAAUUUAAGCCAGAGCCAAUUACUAUAGACACACUAAAGAGAGAAAAGACGUAUAAACUAGGUAAAAAGCAGCUAAAGGAGUUGGAUACAAUGAGGAAAAAGCAUUUGAAGGAACGACAGACCAUGCAAAAAAAUCAUUGCGCUGCAAUUGAUAAAUUGGUGAAGGGAAAGGACAAAGGCGCGUUGCUACAGGAUGCGAACGUGAAAAAAGUUAUAAGCGAACAAACCGCGCAAUGGUCUGCCAUGGUUGAACGACAACGAAAGGAGGAAUGGGAAAUGUUGAGGAAUCAGGCGGAAGCCGGCCGGGACGAAUAUAAAAAAUUAAUUGAAAUUGUACAGGCAUCGCAAGUUAAACAAUUACAAGCGAAACACGACAAAGAUAUCAAAGAUAUGAACGCGAAUCAAGUAAAAAUGUCCGUGGAGACAGCUAAAGAAGUAAUGAAUGACAAAGCAUUGAAGACAAAAGGGGACAAGGAUCGUCGACUUCGUGAAAAGAAAGAACAGAAUACGAAAAAGUUUAUGCAAGAAAGGAAAACUGUGCAAAUCAAGCAAGGACGUGAGAAAGAAAAAUUGAAAACAAUUCACGAGAAACAAGUAGCAAAUUUAGAUGGCGAUAUUCAAGCGACCAUUGAAAUGUAUACGAACGAAGCAAUGCAAUUGGACAUAUCGUCUAAGACAGAAUUCUUUGUAUAAAUUAUGAAAUUUUCUACAUGAAAAGUUUGUACUGAAUUUGAAAACAUAUUUUCUAUGCAUACUUGAUAUUGGUGUUGUUUCUAAACUUUAUACAAUCUUUCGAUUUUUCAUUUUUUCUUAUGCGUUAUUUCAUGUGACCACGGUUUGAAUUACUAUUAGGAUUCCUCACAGAUCUAUAUAUAAUUUACGGAUGUUUAAUUUGUUUUAUACUCCUUUGUAAAGGAUAAUUAUUACACAUCAUAUAUUUUAAAAUUUUGAAAUGAAAUAUAUUAAUUACAUAUUUAUAUUAAUUUUUCAUAUUUAAUAUUCUUUGAAAUCAGUCGUAAGCCUUAACGAUUUUUAAUAUUUUUUUUUCCACAACUUUUAUGAAUACUUACUAUCUAAAUAUUAUAUUUAUUACGAAUAUUAUAUUUAUACGAACAAUAUUUACUUAUGAUUGUAAGCUUUUAUGAAAUUACGUUUCAAUAAAUUGUUUAAAAAUC